CGGGGGCGCGGGCGCGGGGGCGCGGGCGCGGGCGCGGGCGCGGGCGCGGGCGCGGGGGCGGGCGGCCCGAUGUGGCUGCAGCAGCGGCUCAAGGGGCUGCCGGGGCUGCUCUCGAGCAGCUGGGCCCGCCGCCUCGCCUGCCUGCUCGGCCUGCUGCUGCUGCUGCUGUGGCUCGGGGGCCCCGGGGCGCGGCGGGCGGGCGGCUUGCACCUGCCGCCCUGGGCCCGCCGCCCGCCCGCCGCGCCCCCCGCCGCCUGCCUGGAGGCGGCGGCCCGCGCCUGGCGCGACCUGCGGGAGCGCGGCGAGGCGGCGCCGCUGGGCCCCGGGGUGCCGGCCCUGGUGGCCAACGGCUUCCUGGCCCUGGACGUGGAGGCCAACCGGCUGUGGGUGACCCCCGGGGAGCGUGAGCCCGCCGUGGCCCCGGCGCUGGCGCCCUUCGUGCAGCUGCGGCCGCUGGGCGCGGGGCCCGAGGCGGGGGCCGCCGUGCUGCUGCUGCGGGAGGGGCUGCUGCGCCGGGUGCGCUGCCUGCAGCUGGGGGGCGCGGGCCCCGCCGGCCCCGCCUCGGACCCGGGCCCGGGCGCGGCGCCCGGCGACUGCGUGCUGCUGCAAGAGGACUUCCUGGCGCACCGCGGCCGGCCGCACGUGUACCUGCAGCGCCUGCAGCUGCACAACCCCACGGACCGGGUGGCCGCCCUGCAGACGCUGGGGCCCACGGCCGGCCCGGCCCCCAGGGCCUUCACCAGCACCCUGGAGAAGGCGGGCGACCACCAGUUCCUGCUCUACUCGGGCCGCGCCCCGCCCGCGCCGUCGGGGCAGGUGCGCCUGGUGGUGGUGGCCGCCAAGAAGCUGGUGGACAGGCUGCAGGUGGCGCCCAGGUCGCGGCUGGACGAGACGGUGCUGUGGACGGUGCACGUGUCAGGCCCCCUGAGCCCCCAGGCGCUCCGGGUCAAGGCGGCCAAGGAGCUGCGGGCGCUGCAGGACCUGGCGCGGAAGGAGAUGCUGGAGCUCUUGGAGAUGCCGGCGGCCGAGCUGCUCCAGGACCACCAGCGCCUCUGGGCGCAGCUCUUCAGCCCGGGCGUGGAGAUGAAGAAGAUCACGGAUGCCCACACGCCCUCGGGCCUGACAGUGAACCUCACGCUCUACUAUAUGCUGUCCUGCUCUCCGGCCCCGCUGCUCAGCCCCAGCCUGAGCCACAGGGAGCGGGAGCAGCUGGAGGCCACGCUCAACUACGAGGACCACUGCUUCAGCGGCCACGCCACCAUGCACGCCGAGAACCUGUGGCCAGGCCGGCUGUCCUCCGUGCAGCAGAUCCUGCAGCUGUCCGACCUGUGGAGACUGACCCUGCAGAAGCGGGGCUGCAAGGGGCUGGUGAAGGCGGGCGCCCCGGGCAUCCUGCAGGGCAUGGUGCUCAGCUUCGGGGGGCUGCAGUUCACCGAGAACCACCUGCAGUUCCAGGCCGACCCCGACGUGCUGCACAACAGCUACGCCCUGCAUGGCAUCCGCUACAAGAACGACCACAUCGACCUGGCCUUGCUGGUCGACCCGGAGGGCAAGCCGUACCUGCGCGUGUCAGUGGAGUCCCGGGGCCGGCCCGUCAAGCUGUACGCCUGCGAGGCGGGCUGCCUGGACGAGCCGGUGGAGCUGACCUCGGCGCCGCAGGGCCACACCUUCCCGGUCAUGGUGACGCAGCCCAUCACGCCCCUGCUGUACAUCUCCACCGACCUCAUGCACCUGCAGGACCUGCGGCACACGCUGCACCUCAAGGCCAUCCUGGCCCACGACGAGCACAUGGCCCGGCGGGACCCCGGGCUGCCCUUCCUGUUCUGGUUCAGCGUGGCCUCCCUCAUCACCCUCUUCCACCUCUUCCUCUUCAAGCUCAUCUACAACGAGUACUGCGGGCCCGGGGCCAAGCCCUUCUUCAGGAGCAAGGAAGAUCCCAGUGUCUGAGUGAAGGGACAGGCCUGUUUCAGCCCCCGUUUGCACACGACGCCAGCACUGGAAGUCCGGCUGCCGGGAACAGGGAUCCUUUGGAAACCCGCCUUCUGUGCCCUGUGCCUUGCUGGGGGGCUUCGGCGAAGCAGGUGUGGGCGCUCAGGAAUCGACGAGUGGGGAGCAGGAGGCGGGGGCCAGGAGACUUUUUUUUUUUUUUUUUUUUUGGUAAGCUUUUGACUCAAAAUAAAAUGAACCUAUAUGGGAAAUACUUGAAAUUGAGCUCACUCCUUCCCUCCCUUUCUUCUGUCCCAGGAAGUAGACCCUCUUUUUGAAAAGACUUGUUUAGACCAAAAAGAAAAAUUGUGUUCUUUUCUUAAUAUAAUGUGUUUUCUCUUUCUGAAUUUGUAACUUAUUUUUGUUGAGAUUUUGCUGAUGACUUUAGCAUCUACUUUAGAAACAACCUUAGCAGCGGCACCGGGAGGCCCCUCCGUGCUGCCCGGCGUGGGGGGGUGGGGGGGGGGCACGGGCCUACGGGCCGCCCUGGGGGCUGUACACUGUCUCUUCUCAUCAUGAGGCUGCGGCUUUGUGCUUUGGGAAGCCGUCUAACUUUGUAGACAUGGAUGAUUGUUAGGGUUUGAAAUACCAAAGCUUUUUUUUUUUUUUUUUUUUUUUUUAAUUUGUUCUGUUUUUAAAUAAAUCUCUUUCAAACUUCCAUGA